CGCCCUGAGCGGCGGACACGUCAGCGCGAGGCCAGCAGCGACCUCCACGAGCAGCGUGGCGCUUUGUUGACGGUCGAGGCUCGGCGGCUGGACUCUGCCUCGCUGGGCCGUGUUUGUGUAACUCCCCGGGGGGAGAUCUGCGCGUCCUUCAGCGACCCGCCCCGACGAGCUGCAGUCAGCCGGAGGCUUCAAACCGAACCGAACCGAGCCGAGGAGCGGAGCUGCUCUCUGCACAAUGCCCACGGCCCUGCGCGCUCUCUGACUGAAGACGUGUUGAAGGGUGCCACCAUGACGGGGGACAUGGUGGUCUGGAGARGUCUGAACUGGAUGAAACAAGUGGCCAGCAGGGCCCCAAACUCCACCAGCCAGAGGCCCCGACACUUCCAUUACGCCAUGGGAUCAGCAAAGGUGGAAGGUUGUGUCCUCGGAGUGGCAGCAACACAUGUCCACAGAUACUCAACGAUGGGGCCUUACUUCACUUCCUACCUCUCUGGAAGUGUGAGUGGCAGUCAGGGGCCGUGCAAUGGAAGAUCUGGAGCUAAACAUCUGGAGAGCCACAGGAAUGGGUCCUGCCAGCUGUUCUCCAGACAAAGGCGGCUUUUUAACCAGAACAACACCACUGUUGGGCGGCUGACAGCUCAGGACAUCGAAAAAGCAAGAAGAGUCAAAGCAUCAGAGGCCAAGCAAUUUAAACAAAGGCUCAGUGAAAACUCCAGAGAGAGGAAGGUGCCCGUCACUCGGAUAGGAAGGCUGGUGAACUUUGGAGGACUGGCAGUCAGCCUUGGUUUUGGAGCACUUGCAGAAGUGGCCAAGAAGAGUUUAAAACCCAAACAAGAAGUGAACAAAAAGGCGGUGUUGGAUUCCAAUCCAUUCCUAUCAGAGGCCAACGCUGGGAGGAUUGUCCGAACACUUUGCAAAGUUCGAGGGGCAGCUCUAAAGAUCGGGCAGAUGCUCAGUAUUCAAGAUGAUGCCUUCAUCAACCCUCAGCUGGCUAAAAUCUUUGAGCGUGUUCGUCAGAGUGCAGACUUCAUGCCCACAAGACAGAUGAUGAAAACUGUUGAUGAUGAUCUGGGACCAAACUGGAGGGACAAGCUGGAGUUCUUUGAGGAGAAGCCGUUUGCAGCUGCGUCCAUUGGUCAGGUGCACUUAGGGAGGCUGAAGGAUGGCAGAGAGGUGGCCAUGAAGAUUCAGUACCCUGGAAUUGCCAAAAGUAUCGAGAGUGACGUGCGGAACAUUAUGACCGCCCUGAGUUUAAGCAACGCUCUGCCUCAAGGUUUGUUCCCAGAACAUCUUAUUGAGGUCAUGAGUCAUGAACUGGCCCUGGAGUGUGAUUACAUAAGAGAAGCAAACUGUACCAGAAGAUUUCAGGAGCUGCUGAAGGAUCACCCUUUCUUCUACGUGCCAGAUGUGAUCGACGAUCUGAGCAACAAACGAGUCUUCACCACAACUCUGGUGUCUGGAUUCCCUCUGGAUCAGGCUACAGAUCUCUCUCAGGAACUCAGGAACGAGAUCUGUGAGCAGAUUUUGAUUUUGUGCCUCAGAGAGCUUUUUGAGUUCAGGUUCAUGCAGACUGAUCCAAACUGGUCGAACUUCUUCUACGACCCACAGACUCACAAGGUUGCGCUGUUGGACUUUGGAGCAACACGAGAAUUUGACAGGCGUUUCACCGACACCUACAUUGAGAUCAUUAAGGCAGCUGCAGAUCAGAACAGAGAAGGUGUCCUGCUCAAAUCCAGAGAAAUGAAGUUCCUCACAGGAUACGAGUCAAAGGCCAUGGAGAAYGCCCACGUGGACGCGGUGAUGAUCCUGGGAGAGGCCUUUUCCUCGGAGCAGCCCUUCGACUUCGGGGACCAGAACACCACCGAGCGCAUCCACCGCCUCAUCCCGGUGAUGCUGAGGGAGCGCCUCACGCCGCCUCCAGAGGAAACCUACUCCCUCCACAGGAAGAUGGGUGGCUCCUUCCUCAUCUGCUCCAAGCUCAAAGCUAAGAUCCCCUGUAAGAGCAUGUUCCAGGAGACGUACAGAAACUACUGGAAAGACGGAGACUCUGAGUCCCAGCAGUGAAGACUGACUCAGAACAGYAUCUUAGGACAAGGACUACCUUCAGUUAGGGUUUUUUUUUUCUUAACCAUGAAAAUACUUUGUGGUAACUUAAUCCAGAGUACUAAACUCUGCUAUGAURCAGAGUUAA